UGUGGAUUUGGCGUCACCUUCUGGACACAAAAAUCACUAGUGGAUCUGCAAUCAUCUAGUCAGGUCUGAUUCUGUUUCCGGUUUGUGCCUGCACGCCGAUUUUGCGAUCUACGUUUGUGUUUUCCAAACAAACCCGGCGGAUUUGAACGAGUAUUUUGUUGUCAUCAUGUCGACUGCCCUCGAGAGCUACAUCAACCGUACAGUGGCCAUAGUUACAUCAGAUGGACGGAUGAUAGUGGGUACCCUGAAGGGCUUUGACCAGACCAUCAACCUGAUUCUGGAUGAGAGUCAUGAGCGUGUGUUCAGUUCCUCUCAGGGCGUGGAGCAGGUGGUCCUGGGACUAUACAUCGUCAGAGGAGACAACGUAGCUGUGAUUGGGGAGAUUGACGAGGACACAGAUUCUUCGCUGGACCUUGGGAACAUCCGUGCUGAACCUCUUAACUCUAUAGUCCACUGACCUCUCAACUCUGUGGUUUACUGACCCCUACACCUGAGGGAUUGUGUGUGUGUGUGUGUGUGUGUGUGUGAAAGAGAAAGCUAGAAAUAGAGUAGUGUUUCAUUUAUCACCACCUGCUCAGCCAUAAGUGAUGUCCCUGUCUGAAGAGCACAGUUUAUCUUCCACCCUGAAGGACCCAGGGGACUAACGCUAGGAUGGUGAUGAAUUUGUGGUGAUAUUUUUUAAUAAAGUGUGUUUCGUUAAA